UUCCCCCUCCCUUCUUCCAAUUCUGAGCGACCUUGGUGGAGUGAAGACGCUCGGCGAGCGAUUCAACAACAAGUGUGCGUGUUUUCAACUGUCAAACCGUUGCCGGAAUUGUUUCAAACAGAUAACGUGAACGACAUGAUUAAACUGAGGAUUGGAAUCGUUGGAUUUGGACACUUGGGUCAGUAUCUCUAUUCCAUGCUCGAAUCCCAUCCGCAGUUCGAAAUCGCUUUCGUGUGGAAUCGAUCGAAGCAUGUUUUGAUAGACCGUCACGUGGCGCCAUCUCUUAUCUUGGACAAACUGGAAAACAUUUUCGAAUUAGAGGUCGAUCUGAUCGUAGAAGUAGCUCACCCAUCGAUUACCAAGAAGUAUGGCCAACUAUUCUUGGAACACGGAGCCUAUUUCAUCGGAAGUCCAACCGCCUUGGCAGACCAGGAAACGUACGACCUACUGCAGAAGGCCACUAACACACAAAACCGGGCUGUGUACGUGCCCAGCGGCGCGCUCUGGGGCGGAGAGGACAUCAGAAGGAUGGCUCUUCAAGGCACACUAAAGGGCCUGACUAUAACUAUGGCAAAACACCCGUCCUCUUUCAAAUUAACUGAUUCUGAAGGCGACAUAACGACCAUCACAGAACCCAAAGUCGUCCACGAAGGAUCUGUUCGUCAACUUUGCCCGCUGGCACCUAACAAUGUGAAUACUAUGGCAGCAGCGGCCGUAGCUGCGAGUAAUCUAGGUUUCGAUAUGGUAUACGGACGCAUCAUUGCUGAUCCAAGCUUAUUGGACUGGCACGUAAUCGAAGUAGAGGUCACUGGACCGUCGCAAGCUGACGGACGCACUUUCACCACGAAAACAAUCCGCAAGAACCCAGCCGAUCCCGGCGCCGUCACCGGCACGGCCACUUUUGGCUCCUUCUUUUCAUCUCUUUUGAACGCCGCCCGCCGUCACGGCUACCACCCGGAAACAGGAUUCAUUCUCUGUUGAAGAAUCGUAAAAAAAAGAAAGGAAGCAAUCUCCAUGCUAAACAUUUACCUGCUAUUACAAGAACAUUCCGCGCUUAAAUCCCGCACUUAAAUUUGAAAAAAAAAAAACUUACGUUGUGCAACAAAAAUGCGUGGGAUUAAGAUGAAUAUUUGAUAUUUUCUUGAAAAACUUUUGCUGUAUGUUUGUUUUUUUCUCUCUACCAUUGACAUACAUUAAAUUGUUACAACGA